UUUCCAAAACGUCCUCCUUCCAUAUAUAAACAUUCCAUAUCGAUGUUUUACUAACAUCUCUAUCUUUUCUGAUUGUGAUUACCCAGAUUCUCUCCGGUAGCCGAUUUUCUGUCCUGUUCUUCCCUAGUUUUUUUUAUUUUUUCUUACCUUCCUCUCUCUCUCUCCUUUAUGUGUUCUCCGUUCGCCAAAAUUUGGCUUAGGAAUCCUAUGGAAGAACACGUGGCAAGAAUGAUUUCAGAAGCUAGAAUGAAUGCGAGCACAGAAGGUUCAGAAUCGAAUAGCUACAGUGAUCCAUCGUCUCACCCAAAGAAGCGUCUGAGGAUCGAUAAUACCACCACCUCUUUCAUGAGAUUCAAAGGGGUGGUGUUACAGCAAAACGGGCACUGGGGAGCACAAAUAUACGCCAAUCACCAGAGAAUCUGGCUUGGAACGUUCAAAUCAGAGAAAGAAGCAGCAAUGGCUUACGACAGUGCAGCAAUCAAACUCCGAAGUGGGGAUUCUCACCGUAAUUUUCCCUGGACCGACCUCACCGUUCAAGAGGUAAACUUCCAAGAUCAUCAUACGACAGAAUCGGUCUUGAACAUGAUCAAGGAUGGAUCAUACCAGUCCAAAUUUACAGAUUUCUUGAGAACCAGAUCUUUGAAGAUGGAGACUGACACCCGCCUCAACCUGGUGAGGGGAGGAUCUGCAGAAGGAGGAGGCAUCUUGUGUCAACAACUUUUUCAGAAGGAGCUGACACCAAGCGAUGUGGGCAAGCUAAACAGGCUUGUCAUCCCUAAGAAACAUGCAAUCAAAUACUUUCCUCAGGUUUCUGAAGUGAGCUCCGAGGAGGAAGAAGAAGGUAAUGGAGUGGAUGAUGUCCAGCUAGUUUUCUUCGACAGGCUGAUGAAGUCGUGGAAGUUCCGAUAUUGCUAUUGGAAGAGUAGCCAGAGCUUCGUGUUUACCAGGGGUUGGAAUCGGUUUGUCAAAGAGAAGGAACUCAAGGCAAAGGAUGUCAUCACCUUCUACAGGUGCGAAUACAGAGAAGCGCUCAAAGAGGAGCGGACUUUUUGCAUGAUUGAAGUAGGGUAUAAUCGGGGCGACAACAAGAAGGAUUUUGUUGAUGGGUUUCAUGGGCAGGUGAGUUUGAAGAUGGAGCUGCAACUCAGUUUAGGACAAAAUUUUGAAUGUGGUGGCUAUGAUCAGGAGAAGUUAUGGCAGGAAGAGAAAGUAGUGAUGGAAGUGCCACCACCAGCAUCAUUACCACAACCGCCACUGCCACCGCCACCGCCACCAAAGUCGGAUGCAAAGGGUGUUAGACUAUUUGGUGUACAAAUUUGUUGA